CGCCAUGCAGUCGUGCCUCGAGAAUACAGUGAGCGCGCAUGUCAGGUUCGCUGCAGAGAUCCUGCUCCUCGGCUCUACGGAAUAAUCCUCGCGGUGCUGUUGACAACGAGAGAUGACAAACAGCUGAAUGUUAGAUAUUCACAAAGAUAACGUGCUGAUACAUAAUAUACAUAUUGGGUCGAAGCAAAUCAUCCGCUUCCUGCUGGAAGACACCGCCGCCAGUUCGAGGACAACGUUAUUGAUGGGAUCCUCAGCGGUUUCUAGAUGGAGAAAACGAGAGGGUGGACUCGCUGUAAAUAAUUAAAUAUCCAUCUGUUGUAAAAAUAAAGGGAAAAUGCAUCUGCAUCAGGUGCUGACGGGAGCUGUGAACCCAGGAGACUGCUGCUACUCCGUGGGAAGCGUCAACGACAUCCCAUUCACGGCUUACGGCUCGGGCUGUGACAUUGUCAUCUUGGCCAGUGAUUUUGAGUGUGUGCAGAUAAUCCCGGGGGCCCAACAUGGAAACAUACAGGUGGGCUGUGUGGAGUGCUCCCACCAGCUUGGCCGGAUUGCCGCCUCUUACGGGAACACGGUCUGCAUCUUUGAGCCUAUUGCUACCAACCCAAACAAACGCCACAAGAAACUAAACUAUCAGUGGCAAAAGACAGGACAGUUCCUCCUAGAUGCUAUCACCUACAACCUUGCCUGGGACCCUCAAGGGAACCGCAUCCUGGCAGCCGCGGAGCGUCUGCAGCUGUGGGCACCGCCCCUGGCAGACGCCUUGAUCGAGGAGGAGGACGGACAGACCACCGACGAUAAGGUCCACCCUGUCCUCAAUGACUGGAAGUGUAUCUGGCAGUGCAAGACUGCUGCUUCCGUGCACAUCGCCAAGUGGUCCCCUGAUGGAGAGUACUUUGCAACCGUGGGCAAGGAUGACUGCCUGCUCAAGGUGUGGUACGCCUCCACGGGCUGGCGCUCGGCAGUGGUGGCCCAGGACCCGCCCGACAAGAAGGGUCCGUCCGUUCACUUCUCCUUCGUCUACCUGGCCCACCCCCGCUCCGUCACCGGCAUGUCCUGGAGGAAGACCAGCAAGUAUAUGCCUAAGGGAUCAGUGUGCAACGUGUUGCUGUCUUCCUGUGAGGAUGGUGUGUGCCGGCUGUGGUCAGAGACCCUCCUGCCAGAGGACACUCUGCUGGGGGGGCAGAUCUCUGAAAACACGCACACCUUCAGCUCCACCCAGCCUGGCAACAAGGACAAGAUCCAGCAUGCACUGGAGUCAAUCCACCACCUGAAGCAUUUGCGUCGGGGGCGGCGGAGGUCCUCCGCUCUUGUGGCGCACACGGAGCUCCCCUCCCAGAUGGGCGCACCGGACACGCACACACACCGACACAUCGCCCACCACGCCAACGCCUUGUGUCACUUCCACAUCUCGGCCAGUAUUAAUCCCAACACAGACCUUCCAGCGGUGCUGGCAGACGCGGCGGUCUUCAACCCGGACGACGGCAGCGGCAGCGGGGGCUUUGUGGUCCACUGGCUCAACAACAAAGACCUGAGCUUCACCUCCUCCACGGACCUCUUCAUGCUGCAGCUGCGCAAGCUCUCAGAGCAGCAGCUUGAGCAGACCACCGACGACCCGCUAGACGCGCCCGACGGCUCUCCCUUGAAGUUUGACUUUGACCUGGACGACAUGUCGGACAAGGCGUCCUCUGAGCAAGGCGAGGAGGGGGAGCUGGGCGAGCAGGGCAGCAACAAAGCCUCCUCCCCGGGCUCGGGCUCCAGCAUGCCCCUGCCCUCCAUGCUGCUGGAGAGGAAGAUGGAGACGCUGACCCUGGAGUGGAACCGGAGCCCCGACAUGCUGUUCACCAUCCACCCGUCGGACGGCUCCUUCCUGGUGUGGCACGUCAAGUACCUGGACGAGUUCAUCCAGGGCAUCUUCCGACAGGUUCAGGUGUCCUUCUCCUCACGUAUCCCGGUAGCCUUCCCUACGGGAGACGCCAACUCGCUAAGUAAGAACAUCCUGAUGUACUCCUGCACCCUUCCCGAGGGGGACUGCAUCAGCCUGGGAGACCCAGGGAGGAGGCCCCGGCACAUCUCCCACUCAGCCUCGGCUGCCCUGGACUCCCCCACCCUGGGCCCCUUCCUGGCCCCUGGUCCUGGGAUUGGCCCCGCCGUCAUGAUGGUCUCCAAACACGUUGAUGGAUCUCUAAACCAAUGGGGCGUGACCUUCGCUGAGCGCUCGGCCUUCUCCAACGUCCUGACCGUGUCGCACAAGUUCCGCUACUGCGGCCACCGCUUCCACCUGAACGACCAGGCGUGCCACACGGUGCUGCCGCUGCUGCUGACCUCCUCGCACCACAACGCCCUGCUCACCCCUCCCUCUGCCCCCAGCAGCCUGGAGGGGGAGCAGUCGCUAGCCCUGCCCCUGCCCAAGGGCCGCUCCAGGAAGCAGCUUCGCAACGCAGCCACGAGGACUUUCCACGACCCCAACGCCAUCUACAGCGAGCUCAUCCUCUGGAGGGUGGACCACAUCGGGCCCCUGUCCUGCACAGGAGGCGUCUCAGAGCUGGCGCGCAUCAACUCCCUGCACACCUCAGCCUUCAGCAACGUGGCCUGGCUGCCCACACUAGUGCCCAGCUCUGUGCUCGGAAGCUACUGUAACAGUGCCAGCGCCUGCUUUGUGGCAUCAGAUGGCAAAAACCUCCGUCUCUAUCAGGCUGUGGUGGAUGCCCGGAAACUACUGGAUGAGCUCUCAGACCCUGAAACAUCUAACCUUGUGGGGGAAGUGUUUAACAUCGUGAGUCAGCAGUCCACUGCCAGGCCCGGCUGUAUAAUAGAGCUGGACGUCAUCACCAACCAGUGUGGCUCCAACACCCAGCUGCUACACGUGUUCCAGGAGGACUUCAUCCUGGGUUACAAGCCACAGGAAGACCCGGCGGAGCACACGCCUGCCUUCCCCUGUGCUGAGGACUACCACCCUCAACCAUUUUCUGAGAAGUUCUUCCUGGUGGUGAUCGAGAAGGAUCUCAACAGAAACUCUGUCCUCCAGAUGUGGCACCUGCACCUCAAGUCUGUCCAGGCCUGCGUGGAUGAGCCCAGUCCAGACUACAGCUUCCAGAGCCAGCUGAUGGUCCCCCAACAGGCCAUGAAUCCAGACUCCUCCCCAGAGACCUCCCCCAUGACCGCCCUGCCCCGCUCGGCCUCCACGGCCAACCUGCUGACAGCCAGCAAGCUGAUCCUCAGCUCCAAGCUGGUCUACAGCAAGAGGCUGGACCUGCCUCACGGCGUGGAGGUGACUCGGGCCACGCCCUCUGCUGGCCACCUGAGCUCCUCCUCCAUCUACCCGGUGUGCCUGGCCCCCUACCUGAUCGUCACCACCUGCUCCGACUCCCGCGUGCGCUUCUGGCACUGCACGGUGGAGGGCUCAGAGGAGGCCGAGCAGGGCACGCGGGCCUACCGCUGGGCGCCAUGGGCCCUGCUCAACGACGAGGAGGACAGCAACAGCGCCGUGAGCGUGGCGGGACGUCCCGUGGCCGUGGCCUGCUCCUACACGGGCCGGCUGGCCGUGGCCUUCAAGCAGACGCGGCAGGUGCAGCCCAUGGGAUCUGGCGGUGACUUCUCCAUGCACGUGUCUAUCUACGAGUGUGAGUCGACCGGGGGGUCGGAAUGGGUGCUGGAGCAGACCAUCCACCUGGACGACUUCACCCGGCUGUCCUCCACCCUGGACCCCAGGGUCAGCGUGGACUCCAACCUCUUCAUCUACAGCCGGUCGGACCUGUACAUGAGCAGGGACCACAACUCGCCCAACAUCAAGCACUACGUCCACCUGGACUGGCUGUCCAAGGAGGACGGCUCCCACAUCCUGACGGUCGGGGUGGGCUCCAACAUCCUCAUGUAUGGCCGCAUCUCGGGCAUGGUCAACGAGCAGGCGGCCAGCAAGGACGGCGUGGCGGUCAUCACCCUGCCCCUAGGGGGCAGCAUCAAGCAGGGCAUCCGCUCGCGCUGGAUCCUGCUCCGCACCGUGGACCUGGCGUCGUCGGUGGACGGCACGCCCUCCCUGCCCGUGUCGCUGUCCUGGGUGAGGGACGGCAUCCUGGUGGUGGGCAUGGACUGCGAGAUGCACGUGUACGCCCAGUGGCGCCAGGACCGCAAGCCCCGGGACGCGGGGGCCGGCGACGGCAGCCUGUCGUCCGCCGACAACAUCGCCGGCCUCGGCGCCGCCGCCUCCUCGGCCGCCGGGCCGGAGGGCAGGUCCCGGUCCAAGAGCGUGUUCGAGAGCAGCACGGUGGUGGACGAGGCUCUGCGCGCCCCCGCCGGCCUGCAGGAGGGCGGCCUGUUCGAGGCGGCCCACUCGCUGUCCCCCACGCUGCCGCAGUACCACCCCACUCAGCUGCUGGAGCUCAUGGACCUGGGGAAGGUCCGCCGCGCCAAGGCCAUUCUUUCGCACCUGGUGAAGUGCAUUGCCGGGGAGGUUGCGGUGGUGCGGGACGUGGAGGCGGGGGAGGGCGGGGCCAGGAGGCACCUGUCCAGGACCAUCAGCGUCACGGGCAGCACGGCCAAGGACACCAUUGUGGCGGGGCGCGACGGGGGCAGGGACUACACGGAGAUCAACUCGGUGCCCCCGCUGCCCCUCUACUCCCUGCUGUCGGCCGACCUGGACACCUCCUACAAGGGAGGGGAGGAGGCGGGCAAGGCGCCAGAAGGGGAGGGGGUGCAGAAGAGCGGGGAGGACCAGUAUACAGACCUCUUUCAGGUGCAGGCAGUGACCACUGAUGACUUUGUGAGCUUUGCAACUGAGAAACCGGAGAAGAAGUCACGGGUCAUUAAUCUCUCUCAGUAUGGCCCUACAUACUUUGGGCCUGAACACGCACAGGUGUUAUCAAGCCACCUCAUGCACUCCAGUCUCCCUGGCCUCACCAGACUGGAGCAAAUGUUUCUGGUGGCGCUGGCUGAUACAGUGGCAACAACCAGCGCUGAGGUCACCAGCUCUGCUAACCAACAGUACACCGGGGGCGAGGCCCUGGACGAGUGCGGCCUGCGCUACCUGCUGGCCAUGCGUCUGCACACCUGCCUGCUGACCUCCCUGCCCCCGCUCUACCGCAUGCAGCUGCUCCACCAGGGCCUGUCCACGUGCCACUUUGCCUGGGCCUUCCACUCGGAGGCGGAGGAGGAGAUGCUGAACAUGAUCCCAGCCAUGCAGCGUGGAAACCCUCAGUGGUCGGAGCUCCGGGCCGUAGGCGUGGGGUGGUGGAUACGCAACAUCAACACGCUGCGCAAGAUGGUGGAAAAGGUGGGUAAAGCCGCCUUCCAGAGAAACAAUGACCCAUUGGAUGCUGCUCUGUUCUAUCUGGCCAUGAAGAAGAAAGCUGUCCUCUGGGGCUUGUUCAGGUCGCAGCACGACGAGAAGAUGACUAAGUUUUUCAAGAAUAACUUCACGGAGGACCGCUGGAGGAAGGCAGCCCUGAAGAACGCCUUCUCUCUGUUGGGCAAGCAGCGCUUUGAGCAGUCUGCUGCCUUCUUCCUCCUGGCUGGUUCCCUCAAAGACGCAAUAGAGGUGCUGCUGGAGAAGAUGGAUGACCUGCAGCUGGCCAUGAUCGUGGCCCGGCUGUACGAGGCCGACUUCGAGAGCUCCUCCACCUGCCAGGGCCUGCUCUACGAGAAGGUGCUGGGAUGCAACCGCGACGGCGGCGGCUACCACUGCUCCCGGCUGCACCCGGACCCCUUCCUGCGCAGCAUCGCCUUCUGGAUCAUGAAGGACUACACGCGGGCCCUUGACACGCUUCUAGAGCGCAUACCCAAAGAGGAGGAGGAAAAUCAAGACGUGAUGGUGAAGUCGUGCAACCCAGUGGUGUUCAGCUUCUACAACUACCUCAGGACACACCCGCUCAUCAUCCGCCGCCACUUCGCCUCCCCCGAGGGCGUGGCCGCAACCGUGGAGAAGAGCAGCGUGGACGAGAUCAACCUCAUCGAGCGCAAACUCUUCUUCACCACGGCCAACGCACACUUCAAGGUCGGGUGUCCUGUCCUUGCCCUAGAGGUUCUGUCCAAGAUUCCCAAGGUGACCAAGAAGUCUGGCUCCGCACCCCUCAGCGACGGCUCCUCCGUGGCCAAUGUGAACUCCUCCAGCCAGCCUGUAGAGAACGGCACCCAGGCAGCGAUGAUGGACUGGGGCGCCCCAAGCGCCCCCGCCCCCGCCUGGGGAGCGGGGGACGGCGCAGGCAGCCUGGACUGGAGCCAACCUCUGGUCCAGAUCGAGGAUGACGGCCUGCAGCUGGACUGGGGCAAGGAAAAGGAUGAGGAUGAAGAUGAUGAUGAUGACGAGGACGGAGGACUCACCAUGAAGAAGCCAGAGGCAGAGACCAAGGCGGAGCCUAUCUCUCAGACGCUGAAGGAGGAGUCCCAGGGGGAGUCCGAGGUGGACGUGAUCGCGGAGCAGCUGAAGUUCCGAGCCUGCCUGAAGAUCCUGAUGACGGAGCUGCGCACGCUGGCCACGGGCUACGAGGUGGACGGAGGCAAACUCCGCUUCCAGCUCUACAACUGGCUGGAGAAGGAGAUCGGCGCCAUGCACAAGAUCUGCAACUACAAGGUGGAGGGGAAGGAGGAGAGGCAGGAGCCAGAGCAAUGGGAGCGCAGCGCGUCCCUGGACCUCCCGGACGACGCCCCCGACGGCACGGAGGCGGGCGCCUAUGAGCGUCUACAGACGGAGCGGCGGCGGCUGCAGGCCAAGCAGCAUCACUCGGAGCGCCGCAAGGCCUGGCUGAGGAAGAACCAGGCCCUGCUCCGCGUCUUCCUCUCCUACUGCAGCCUGCACGGGGCCAAGGGCGGCGGCGUCACCUCCGUACGCAUGGAGCUCAUCUUCCUGCUGCAGGAGAGCCAGCAGGAGACAACGGUGAAGCAGCUCCAGUCCCCGCUGCCUCUGCCCACCACGCUGCCCCUGCUUUCGGCCAGCAUCGCCCCCACCAAGACGGUCAUCGCCAACCCCGUGCUCCACCUCAGCAACCACAUCCACGACAUCCUCCACACCAUCACCCACAUGGACACCCCGCCACACCCCAGCGCCGGGGACGACCGGGUGAUUGCUCUGCACACGCUGGCAGCAUCUCUGUCUGCAUGCAUCUACCAAGCCCUCUGUGACAGCCACAGUUACAGCAGCCAGGCUGAGGCCAACCAGUUCACCGGCAUGGUGUACCAGGGCCUACUGCUCAGUGAGCGAAGGAGACUCCGUACAGAGAGCAUCGAGGAGCACCUCACCCCCAGCUCUCUUCCCGCACAGUGGCCAGGCGUGUCCUCCCUGAUCGCGCUGGUGGCGUCGGCCAGGGAGCAGGACCAGCCCCAGCUCAACGUGCUGCUGUGCGAGGCGGUGGUGGCCGUGUACCUGGCCCUGCUCAUCCACGGCCUGGGCACCCACAACGGCAACGAGCUCUUCCGCCUCGCCGCACACCCGCUCAACAACCGCAUGUGGGCCGCCGUCUUCGGGGGCGGGGCCAAAAUCCUCAUCAGGCCAAAGAGGCUUGAGGCGCCACCAGCGGUGCCGGUCCCGGCCCCCCAGGUGGAGGACGGGGACAGACAGAGGCGCAGGUUCAACAUGCGGAUGCUGGUGCCGGGACGUCCCGUCAAGGAGACGCCGGCCACCCCGCCCCCGGUGCCCGUGGAGAGGCCCACCUACAGGGAGAAGUUCAUCCCCCCCGAGCUCAGCAUGUGGGACUUCUUCGUGGCCAAGCCAUUCCUGCCUCUGGCGGACAGCGGCGCUUUGUACGACUCGGACGAGAGCGCGGCAGAGGACGACGAUGACGAUGAUGACGCCUUCCUCUCGGACACGCAGAUGACGGAACACUCGGACCCCAACUCCUAUAGCUGGUCUCUGAUUCGUCUGGUCAUGGUCAAACUGUCGCUGCAUAACGUCAAGAACCUCCUCCCACUCACCGGCCUUGACUUCACAGAUCUGCCCGUGACAUCCCCUCUCUGCAACGCCAUGCUCAAGACGUUGGAGAACUGGGAGCAGCUGCUGCUGGAGAGGAUGAACAAGUUUGAGGGCCCCCCUCCAAACUACAUCAACACCUUCCCCACUGACCUCAGUGCUGCAGGGGGGCCCGCCAUUCUCCGACACAAGGCCAUGCUGGAGCCAGAUAACACUCCCUUCAAAACUAAGAAUACUUCGUCCUUCCCGGUCCGGCGCCUCUGGCACUUCCUGGUGAAACAGGAAGUCCUCCAGGAGACUUUGAUUCGUUAUAUCUUCACCAAGAAGAGGAGGCAGUGUGAGUGUGUAGAAAACCACUUGGACCAUCUAAGCAAAAAGUGCCUUGCAGGAGCUAGCAGUCCUCAUAAGGUGGAGGCUGAUCUGGGCUACCCAGGGGGCAAAGCUAAAAUCAUCCACAAGGAGUCCGAUAUCAUCAUGGCCUUUGCCAUCAACAAGGCCAACUCCAACGAGAUCGUGCUGGCGUCCACGCAUGACGUCCAGGAGGUGGAUGUGUCCACGCUGGUGGCUGCCCAGCCAUUCACCUGGAUAGGAGAGGACUUUGACAAAGAGUCCCGCAGCUCCGACGAUGUGGACUACCGCUCGUCUCACACCAACAUCGCCCAGGCCAGCAGCUCCCCCUUUGCCCCCCAACAGAUUGCCGUGUCCGCCUCCAUGCCCUGGCUGGGCAGCGGGCAGACCAGCAUGGGGGCCAGCGUGAUCAUGAAGAGGAACUUGAACAACGUGAAACGAAUGACCUCACACCCCAUUUAUCAGUAUUACAUGACGGGCGCUCAGGACGGCAGCGUGAGGAUGUUUGAGUGGAACAGACCCCAGCAGCUCAUUUGCUUCAGGCAGGCGGGCAACGCCAGGGUCACCCGCCUCUACUUCAACUCCCAGGGCAACAAGUGUGGCGUCGCAGACGGCGAGGGCUACCUCAGUCUCUGGCAAGUCAACCAGACAUCCUCCAACCCCAAGCCCUACCUGAGUUGGCAGUGCCACACGAAGGCCUGCGGUGACUUUGCCUUCAUCACGUCCUCAAGCCUCAUCGCCACGGCCGGCCAGUCCAACGACAACAAGAACGUGUGCCUGUGGGACACUCUGGUUUCUCCCAGCAACUCCAUGGUCCACGCCUUCCCGUGCCACGAGAACGGCGCCACGGUGCUGCAGUACGCGUCCAAGCACCAGCUGCUGAUCACGGGCGGUCGCAAGGGCUUUGUGUGCGUGUUCGACAUCCGCCAGCGGCAGCUGCUGCACACCUUCCAGGCGCACGACUCGGCCAUCAAGGCCCUGGCCCUGGACGCCUCCGAGGACUUUUUCGUCACCGGCUCCGCCGAGGGCAACAUGAAGGUUUGGAAGAUGGCGGGCCACGGGCUCAUGCACUCCUUCAGCACCGAGCACGCCAAGCAGUCCAUCUUCCGCAACAUCGGCGCCGGGGUGAUGCAGGUGGAGACGCGGCCGAGCAACCGCAUCUUCACCUGCGGCGCCGACGGCACGCUGAAGAUGCGCGUGCUGCCCGACCGCUACAACCUCCCCGGCAGCAUCUACGACGGCCUGUAGCUCUGCAGCCCCCCCCCCCUCCUCCCCCACCCCCCACUAGCUGCUCCCCACUCACACCGCCGCCGCCCCACACACACCUUGCUGCAGGCCUCGCACACAGAGAGAGAGAGAGAGAGAGAGAGAGAGACAGAGUGGUAGAGAGAGAGAGGGAGUAAUCACGACGGCUUGUGUAACAGUGAUUCGAAUGGAUGUUACUGGUGCGUGUGCGUGCGUGUGUGUGUGUGUGCGUGCGUGUGUGUGUGUGUGUGUUGUCAGGACAGGAAAGGAAUAAGGAGCUCUAGAGAGGGCUCCGCUUUCGGUGAUUAUUUUUCUGUUGUUCCCGCGCGCUGUUCCGCAGGUUUGCUGUUGACAAAAAAAAAAAAAAGACGAUCAUGGCGUCACGUCCUUAAAGGGAAGAACGCUUCAGCGUUUAAAUAUGUGUAUCAACUUUGUUUUUCUCCCGAACAACCAAGAGCGCAGAGAAGCGACACGCAAACGGUCGGCCAUACUUGAUUUUUUAACACGCUAGAUUUACAGUCAUUUAAUUCCAGAAUCUCUAGUCGUAGAGUGCGUCCGUGGGGAAGCUAUGCAUGUCCUGUUGUCGUUCCGCGGUGCAAUCACAGGUCUCUUGGUAGUGCUCUGUAAAAGUGCUCAAGCAAAAACUUUCAAAAAAAGGUGUCUAACUGUCGUCAUUUUGUGCCCACAUGCUGACAUUUCUCUUCGCAUCUACUUUUACCCAGCACUGUGGUUUGUGAUGAAGUCAAGUGGUUUAUUAGAGUUGUGAAUCAAGUUGUUGGAACCCAAAGUUUAGUUUCAAUGCUUUUUAACCUCACUGCCCCCCUCCUCCAUGUCCAGGUGGAAGGGAGGGGGGGACUCUGUGUUUGCUCUGGUCGUGCCCUGUGUGUUUCCACUGGCUGCCCGCUCACACCGUCUCAGACCUGCCCUGGUCUGGAAGGCUCCAGCCGCAUUUUUCUGGGGGUCUCUUGUUUCCUCUGUGUGUGUGUGCCCCCUACCCCCCAAUCAAACCCACACCCACUCACCCCACGUUCCAGUGUCCGCCAUCUGUACACGCCCGCCCCCCCCCCUCUCCUUCCUCACUUUCCCAGCCUGCCUGCCUGCCUGCCCUCGUCCCUGUUAGGGUGACGACGUGUUUGAACUUCUGUGACUGUGGUUUAAGUGUCUCAUUUGUCUGGUCAGCCCCCCCAAUACAACUCUAAGUCCCGCCCCUUCCCCAAAGUCCUGCCCCCCUGUGAGCAGAAACACAAAAGGUUCACUUUCUGGUUUUGCACAAGAUGUUGUUGUUUUUUAAAUAUAAUUUCUUGUUUGUUUUUAAUUUAGUAAUUUAUGUUUGUGUUUGUUUGUUUGUUUGUUUGGUUGUUUGGUGAUUCCCUUGUAAAAAAACAACUAUUUAUGUUAACUUAUUGCCUUUUAUGUUAGGAAUGUAAGGAGUGUUACUGCAUCAAACAGGGAGAUAGUGCAACAUGCUAUACUGUACGUAAGUGUGUGUUUUCUCACUAGUUGUUUUAAACUCUUCCACUCAUCACAAAUAAAUAUUUGCACUCAACUCUUGAGACACUAUAAAAAACAAACCUUUAUUUCAAACGGAUAGGCUAACAAAGAAGAAACUACUGUUAUAUACAAAUGAAUGUCUGGCUUUAUUUGGCAGAGUAGUGAGAAGUUUGAAAUAGUUUUAAUAUAAAGUAUAUAAAUAUAAAUAAAUAUAUAUAUAUGAAGUACCACAACAGCUUGUACAAACAUAAAAAUGUUUUCUUUAUUUUGAACAUACCAGCUGGAAUAGAUGUACCUUUUGUUAAGUGUAUGUGUGGUAUUUAUUAAAAGGAUUUGUGUUUCUCUCCCACCAUCGCCCGCCAUGUGUACUGUAUGCAUCUAUGUGUUUCAAUAGUGGUCCAAAUAGUGUGUGCUGUUGCGUGUGGUUUUGUAUGAUGUAUGCAUGUGUGUGUGUGUGUGUGUCUGUAUGUGUGGAUGUGUGUAGGCUACACCUAAUGCAAGUAUGAGGCCAACAACGUAGGGAGACCCCAGAGCACUUGAGUCUGGAGGCUUGUGGGAGAACCGCCGUUGUCAGACUGCUGCCUUUGUAAGGUUAAUAAAUUAUUUUGAUUUCA